CACCACCACACCGACAAUGCAAGCCGGCCCGUCCCGCCUCGGCGGCGGCAGCACCAGCACCCCGCGCGCCCCCCAACCACAACGCACGCUCAAGCAGCCCAUGUCCCUCGGCGUCGCGGAACGCUCUGCGACCCCAGCGGCGCAAUCGGACGCCGCGAGCCUGCGCCGCGCGCUCGAGCGCCGUGCCGAGCUGUCGCGCAGGGCGGAUAAGUGGAUGGAUCGGCUGAUGGAGGAGGUCGUGGACCGGGUCGCGUUCCAGCGGGCUCUCUCGUACGUCCACGCGAAACAAUACGCCGAGGUCGAGCACGAGCGGCACCUGAACAACAUGUGCGCGUACCCGCUCUGCCCGAACCCGCCCGCGGCGCCGUACCGCUCCCAGCGGCGCUUCGUGGUCAGCACGCGCAAUCGCAGCAUCACCGAGACGGAAGGUAACGCCGACGAGGCGUUCUGCAGCGGCCGGUGCCGCGCCCGCUCGUCGUGGGUGCGCAACACGCUCGGCACGGAGGCGGCGUGGAUCCGCGGCAAGGUCGAGCCGCUCGUGUUGCUUGAGGAUCUCGAGGAACGGGGCGAGGUGCGCUGGGGUGGGCGGAGGGGGGACGUGCUUGAGCGGGUCAAGGUGCCCGGGCCAGAGGCGGAGGCGGCGCCGGCUGCUGUGCAAACACCGCAGGCAGCACAAGGGUACGCCGUCGCCCCAGACCCUGCUACUCCCACCCCAGCCGUGGUCGCCGCGCCGGCGUCCCCCGCGACGGCAGCACCCGCCGCGCCAGCGACAACCACCGCGACGACAGCACCAGCCCGACCCACACCAGCCCGCGCACCGCAGAACCUCACCCCCGCCCCCACCCCCGCCGCGCCCACCAGCCCCCAGCCAAUCCAGGACCUGAUCGCCAACCUGGCCAUCUACGAGCGCCCCACGCCGACGAGCAAGCCGCUCCCGCCGAGCCUGAGCCCCGCUGCGCCGCCGCCGGCGCAGGAGGCAGUAGUACCCACCGCGCCGCCCCUGCCCCUCCCCCAGCGCACCUCGGCCCUUACGCCGCCCCGCCGCGCAGCCGGCGCGUCGUCCAUGAUCUCGUCGUCGAGCACCAAGCUCGCGUCGACGCUGCUUGCUGCUGCGAAAGCCCUCCCGCCCGGCGUGCAGGACGACAGCGACGCCGAGAGCUCGGCCAGUGAGGAGGACUGGGCAAAGGAGAUGGGAUGGGGUAAAGGCGCUGAAGUCGAUGCUCUGUUCGACGAGGCGCGCGCCGCGCGCGACUUGCUCGACGAAGCGGCAUAG